AUGACGUUCAAACCGACCGUCCUGAUUACAGGCACCAAAGCAGGGAUUGGAAAAGGUCUGCUUAAGGCCUACGCAGCUCGUCCGGGCACCUUGGUCGUUGCUGCCAUCCGAGACGGGCCCGAUUCGCCGAUUGCAGCCGAACUCACCUCGAUACCCACGGCAAAGGACAGUAAGAUAAUUGUGGUUCAAUAUGACGCGGGGUCGAAAUCAGCUGCUGUCGAUCUUGUGGCAUAUCUUGCUGCCACCUGGUCGCCAAUGCAGGAAUCCUCAAGCAGGAUGGUCCAGCAAAAGAAGUCUCACCCGAGUUGA